AUGGAUUAUUUCGUAAUAGACACUUCUACACCUGAAAGUUUGGAACGAGAUUUUUACGCUUGGUUAAAUAAUAGCACUGGUUCAUAUUAUGAUGAAACAGAGUCUCAACUUCCGUUGUCGCUUCCUCCACUUCAGGAUUUGAAAAAUACAGAAAAUAUUUAUGAGAAGCAAGAUUUUUAUAUGAAUAUGUAUAAUUUUAUGGACAGCUCUGUUGGUAGCUCUCCCUCGUCCCUGUCCUCAUCGUCUUUAGAUCCAACCGAGUCCCGACAGAAUGAGAAAGAUGUCGCUAGAAGUUCAGGAAGAAAUCAACUAGGAAGGACUUAUAGUCCAGGCCUUCCGCUUUCUAUGUUCGAAAGAGAAGAAAUCGUUCGCUUGUUUCAGAGUGGUUGGAAAAUUUGUGAUAUCUCCAAAAGGCUAUGUGUGACGCAUAGCUGCGUCAGUAAAAUUUUAAACAGAUAUCGCCAAACUGGCUCUGUACGUCCAAAAGAUGCUAAGGAAGGCCGGGCAGAAUCCCCCCUUGUUAUUGCAGUUCGAGAUUAUAGGAUGAGAUUAGGAAUGACCAGACAGAGUGAAAUUCGUGAACAAUUGAUUAGAGACGGCAUAUGCACUCGAGAAACAGCGCCAAGUCGUUCGUCAAUUAAUCACAUUCUCCGCACAAAGUUGGACAUUAAACGCCGGAAGAGAGAUUAA